AGAGGAAGGAGGGAGAGGAAAAGGAAGGAAGGAAGGAAGGAAGAGGGGAAGGAGGAGGAGGAGGAAGAGGAGGAGGAGGCCCGGCCGGGAGGAGACGCCGCCAUGGGCGAGGGGGAGCCGCCCAGCCUGGCGGAAUACCUGAUCAGCGGCGGGACCGGAUACGUCCCCGAGGACGGACUCACCGCCCAGCAGCUCUUCGCCACCUCCGACGGACUCACCUACAAUGACUUCCUGAUCCUUCCCGGAUUCAUUGACUUCACAGCGGACGAGGUGGACCUGACCUCGGCGCUGACCCGGAAGAUCACCCUGAAGACCCCCCUCAUCUCCUCCCCAAUGGACACCGUCACGGAGUCGGACAUGGCCAUCGCCAUGGCGCUGAUGGGCGGCAUUGGCAUCAUCCACCACAACUGCACCCCCGAGUUCCAGGCCAACGAGGUCCGAAAGGUGAAGAAGUUUGAGCAGGGCUUCAUCACGGACCCGGUGGUGCUGAGCCCCUCGCACUCGGUGGGCGACGUCUUCGAGGCCAAGGUGCGGCACGGCUUCUCGGGGAUCCCGGUCACCGAGGCGGGCAAGAUGGGCAGCACCUUGGUGGGCAUCGUCACCUCCCGUGACAUCGACUUCCUCUCCGAGAAGGACUAUGACACCCCCUUGAGCGAGGUGAUGACCAAGCGCAGCGACCUGGUGGUGGCCCCCGCCGGCGUCACCUUGAAGGAAGCCAACGAGAUCCUGCAGCGGAGCAAAAAAGGGAAGCUUCCGAUCGUGAACGACGCGGACGAGCUGGUGGCCAUCAUUGCCCGCACGGACCUCAAGAAGAACCGGGACUACCCGCUGGCCUCCAAGGACCCCCGGAAGCAGCUGCUCUGCGGCGCCGCCAUCGGCACCCGGGAGGACGACAAGUACCGCCUGGACCUCCUCACGCAGGCCGGGGUCGACGUGGUCGUCCUGGACUCUUCGCAGGGAAACUCCGUCUAUCAGAUCAGCAUGAUCCACUACAUCAAGCACAAAUACCCGGAGCUGCAAGUCAUCGGGGGCAAUGGAUGCACAGUGGUGACAGCGGCGCAGGCCAAGAACCUCAUCGACGCCGGCGUGGACGCCUUGCGCGUGGGCAUGGGCUGCGGGUCCAUCUGCAUCACCCAGGAAGUGAUGGCGUGCGGCCGGCCUCAGGGCACGGCCGUGUACAAAGUGGCGGAAUACGCCCGCCGGUUCGGGGUCCCGGUCAUCGCGGACGGCGGCAUCCAGACGGUGGGCCACGUGGUCAAGGCCCUGUCCCUGGGGGCCUCCACCGUGAUGAUGGGCUCCUUGCUGGCGGCCACCACGGAGGCCCCGGGCGAGUACUUCUUCUCGGACGGCGUGCGGCUCAAGAAGUACCGCGGGAUGGGCUCCCUGGACGCCAUGGAGAAGAACAGCAGCAGCCAGAAGCGCUACUUCAGCGAAGGGGACAAGGUGAAGGUGGCCCAGGGGGUCUCGGGCUCCAUCCAGGACAAGGGCUCCAUCCAGAAGUUCGUGCCCUACCUGAUCGCCGGCAUCCAGCACGGCUGCCAGGACAUCGGCGCAAAGAGCCUCUCCAUCUUGCGGUCCAUGAUGUACUCGGGGGAGCUGAAGUUCGAGAAGCGGACGAUGUCGGCCCAGAUCGAGGGGGGCGUCCACGGGCUCCAUUCCUUUACGUUUCUGCCAUUUACGAGAAGCGGCUGUACUGAGGAGGGUCUCCGGAUGGUCAGCGGCCAGCGGACCCCCACCGUCCCCUCCCCCCUCCCCACCGCCCGCGGGCGCAGCGGCCACCGCCGGACCUGACUGACCAUCACGCCGGGCGGCCAAAGACUUGCACUCGGGGAGACAAAGGCCCUGCGACCCCUUCCAGUUGGGGGCAGCGCACCCCUCCCCAGUCCUGCCUUGGACUCAGAGACUUUGUGGGGAGGGGCCGCAGAUGGACCCCGCCACCCCCUUUGACCUUUUCCUCUGGCAGCGGAUGGACGUAGUGGUAGGCUUCCUUAGGGGGGGGGCUGCUGACGGUUCUCUUGGGUCCAAAUCCCCCCCCCCAAAAAAAUUCGUUUCUCUAUGCUCUCCCUCCCAAUAAAACGGUCAUUGCCUCGUUGAUCAUUUUGGCCCCUUCCCAGGACCUUGACCGGGGCCAGCGGUCACUCAGGUCACCCCUUUGGCCAGCCUCCGGCCCCAAAGCCCCCCCCCUUUCCCCUUGAUUAGCAGGAGGGAUAAAUGGGGAGGGAGGGAGGGAGGGGUGGGCCGGGGGUCUCCUGCAGAGCAGAGCGGCAUCCCCCCCCCCCCCCCCGGUCGCCCUCGGCCCCCUCCCGCCUUUUUUGGAGCAUGUUAGGGCCAGCAAUGCUGUUGUGUCUCUGUGUAAUAUAUUAAGUAAUAAAAAGGCUGCAGAGCAUUCUCCUUUCCAA